AUGUAUACAUCAGAAGCAGUCCAAUAUCAGCAGCAACAGAAGCAAGAACAUCAUUCAUGUUUUCCAACAUGUAAAACACCGGAUAAACGUGACUUCAUGGAUUCGAAUCCACCACGAACAACCGAUGAUUUCUAUCGUCACUAUGAUCCAUGGAUUGGAAUUGGAACAGCAAUGAUUCUGGCCUUAUUCUUUAUUCUAAUUGCAUUUAAAACCUUUAUGACAUGGCUUUUUCGUAAGAUUACCAUUUGGCGGUAUCGAUAUCAAAAGUAUCAAAAGCAACAAAAGAUGGAUAAGAAUUUGAUUAAUCAUGCCACUGAAUCGGCAACGACUACUCAAAUUAUUGACAAUGGACAUAUCAUCGUUAGCUAA